GGACAAGGUGAAGAAGAAGAAGAAGAAGAAGAAGAAAAAGAAGAGGAGGAGGGAGAAAGGAAGAAAGAAAGAACGUGGAAUCGAAGUAUCAUUAUUUAUAGUCGAAAAUGACGCAACAAAGUGGCGCUGGGUCACCCCAGCAAUUCUGUCUAAGAUGGAACAAUUAUCAAACGAAUCUAACGAACGUGUUCGAUCAGCUGUUACAGAGCGAAAGCUUCGUCGACGUAACACUCGCCUGUGACGGGCAUAGCGUGAAAGCGCACAAGAUGGUACUUUCGGCUUGUAGCCCGUACUUCCAGGCACUGUUCUUCGAUAAUCCGUGCCAGCAUCCGAUCGUCAUAAUGAAGGACAUAAAGUGGCCGGAGUUAAAGGCCGCAGUAGAAUUCAUGUAUAAAGGUGAGAUCAAUGUCUCGCAGGAACAGAUCGGGCCGUUGUUGAAGGUAGCUGAAAGUUUGAAGAUACGUGGUUUGGCCGAUGUAAACAGCGAGCAAGAAUUAACGUCAAGGCCAAGUCUAGUGGAGGAAGCUACGAACGCGGCUGCACUUCACAGGAAAAAACGACGUCGAAUAUCCGGAGAAAGAUCGCCGACCGGCAACAGUCCCGAUCACACCGGCUCGGCUGGUAGCACAACAGGAGGAACGGGUAGUAUGAUCGAUGAUCAAGAACCAAGCGGUCCAACAAGCAUGGUCAUUCCCGAAGUUCACGCUCUGAUACCGAACAGCUCGACUCCGCGUUCUCUUGGCUCGCCAAGCACGCCGAGCGUCUCCGUGACGCCGCAGAUCAACCUUCAAGAAUUACCGGUCUCCUUGCCUCUACCACCACCCCCACCGCCGCCGCCGCAGGGACAACCGAGCUCGCACCCCAUGCCUGCUCACCACGUGCCCGGCCACGUGACUUCCGGACCGCACCCGUCCGUCAACCACCUAGCCGCCACCCACGGGCAACAGCUAGUCGCUCAACAGCAACAACAGCAGCAGCAUUUGCAGCAGGUACAGGCUAGUCAGCCUGGUGACGACCUCGAGAUCAAGCCUGGCAUCGCUGAGAUGAUUCGCGAGGAGGAAAGGGCCAAGUUGUUGGAAUCGUCCCACGCUUGGCUCGGUGCCUCCACCUCCAGUAUAGCAGACAGCUACCAGUAUCAGCUGCAGUCGAUGUGGCAGAAAUGUUGGAACACCAAUCAGAGUCUGGUCCACAAUCUACGCUUCCGUGAACGUGGCCCAUUGAAAUCCUGGAGACCGGAAACAAUGGCGGAAGCGAUCUUCAGUGUCCUUAAGGAAGGACUUUCAUUGAGUCAAGCAGCGAGAAAAUACGACAUCCCUUAUCCGACAUUCGUCCUCUAUGCGAAUAGAGUCCACAACAUGCUAGGUCCUAGCGCUGAUGGCGGGGCCGAUUUGCGGCCGAAAGGAAGAGGACGACCGCAAAGGAUUUUACUCGGCGUUUGGCCAGACGAACACAUUCGUGGUGUCAUUCGUGCAGUUGUCUUCAGAGACGGUCAUUCUCCACAUAUUGUUAAAGAGGAACCAGCAUCGAUGUAUCCGACUUUGGCGAAUUAUGCAGCUUGCAAUGGACCAGAAGGAGCCGUUAGUCCUGGUGCUGCUGCCGCUGCGGCGGUGGCUGCUGUUGCUCAAGGUCUAAGGCAUCAAAUGUGUAGCAUGGUAGCAGCAGCACACUCGCAACACGACAUGAUGGCGACGAAUCUAUCGACGAGCCUAUCGACGAGUCUCACGUCGAAUCUCCAAGCUGCGAUGCAAGCGAGUCAGCAUCACAACAACAAUAAUGCGAGCGGUAUCGGUAGUAACAAUGGAGCCGGAAUGAUCGGUUGUGGUGGUAACAACAAUACCGGUAAUUCACCAUUGAAUCUUGGCCUGGCGAGUCCAGGCUCUGGUGGACCACCUGAAAGUCCAAUGGAAAGUCCACUAGCGAGUCCUUUGGGCCCAUUGAUGGAUCCUGGACAUAUACCGGGUAGCGUAGAAGUUGGUAUCGGUGUCAGUGGUAUGACCUAUAAGCCAGCACGGAGCUUCGUCAGUCCACGACCGGAGAAUCUCUUUCAAGAGGAUAUAGCCGACCUCGUAAAGAGUCCGCACAGUCUCAAGGACAAGGACAAGAUCCCAGUGAAGUUGGAACCCCUUACCGACUCCCGUUGCGAAUAGUAAGCGACGAUUUACGACUCUCCGAGAGCGAGUGAGCAAGCAAGUAGAGCGAGUGUAAAAAAGAGAGAGAUAGAGAUAGAGAUGAGAAAGUGGAAGAGAGUGAGAGAAGAAGGAGAAGAAGAAGAAGAAGAAGAGAGCGAGAGAAAGAGAGUAAGCUUUUUCUGUCCGUCGAGACGCGAAAGAUAGAUAGAUAGAUAGAUAGAUAGAUAGAUAGAUAGAGAAAGAGAGUGAGAGCGAGAGAGAUAAGAGUGAGUGAGAGUGAGAGAGAGAAAUAUAUAUAGAGAUAGAAAGUGACGACGAUUUUCCGUUCGACGGACCACAAGACGCUCUCUCUCGUCUUUCAGUACUCCGGGAUUUCUCGAAGAACACUUUGAGGUUCAAAUAGGAGAAGAAGAAGAAGAAGAUGAGGAAGGAGAAGGAGGAGAAGAAGAAGACGAGAAAAGAGAAGUAUAAAGGAGCGAUCUUCUCGAAAAAGAAAGAAGAAGAGAG